GUGAAACCUCGACAUACAGCGAGCUCAAUCUUUCAUACCGCAGAACACAGCCAAGCAGGCUCCAACCGGCGACACUCUUGACUGACCAUGAUUUGCGACAGAUGGUGGAGGAGUCCGUGGUUACUCCAUGUUCAUCAUUCUCCAAGAACUCAUGCACCGCACCUUCGUCGAGAUCGAGGGUAGAGCCCCUCGCCGAAACGAAAUCCCCAGGCCAUGCGACCACUUCGAUCUCAUUGUUGGCACCGGUACCGGCGGCCUCAUCGCCUUGAUGCUCGGCAGAUUGCGCCUAGACCUGGAACAAUGCAAGGAACUCUACGUAAGGUUGACGCGCAUGGUUUUCGAGACCGACAAGACCAUCGCUGGCAUCCCUUACCGAUCAACACUCUUCAAAGCCUCCAAGCUUGAGGAGGCUAUCAAGGAGGCUGUCCGUGAACACACCGUUUACCAGAAGGAGGGCAAUGACGGUGCCGAGAACGACAUGAUGAGCCCUCUCAGCGGAUACAACAACUCGAACCCUAGGAGGCAUGCAAGCAACGCCAGCACCGUCAGCUUCAGCGCACGCAGCCCUCAAGCCCAGAUGGCACGGCCCGUUCUCAACUCGCGAUACGGCGACCCCAAUGCACGGCUCUAUGAUGCCCGGGAGAACAGGACCAAAACCGCGGUUUUAGCAAUGUACAAGGGUUCCCGUAAGGGCGCUCCUGCCGCCAUCUUGCGAUCCUACGACUCGAGGAGAGAACCUCCGCCAGAGUUCGACUGCAAGAUAUGGCAAGCUGGCCGCGCCACGUGUGCGAUUGGCCUUGCUUUCAAGCCAAUCCAAAUUGGACAGUCUGUCUUCCACGAUGACGGUGGCGGCACAUUCAACCCUGCACCCGAAGCUCUGGACGAGGCGGUGUUGAACGAGUGGCCUGGCCGUGAUGUUGGAGUGUUCCUCAGCGUCGGCACUGGCAGACGGCCCAAAGGGAGCGAUGCGAAUUCGCACAUUUGGUAUGAAGGCUUUCUGGGAGAGUUUGCAGAGGCCCGCCGCAAGCUCAUCUCCAAGAUUGAGGGCUGUGAGGUUAUCCAUGAGCAGAUGAAGAAGGAGCACCUUCUCAAGCGAAACGUCAACAUCGAGAACUACUAUCGCUUUAAUGUGGAGGUUGGUGUCGGUGAGUUUGGUAUGAACGAAUGGCACCGCCUGGCCGAGAUCAGCACGAGCACGAGGCAAUAUCUAAGGCGUGACGUCGAGCAAAAGAUGAUACAAGGGGCUUCCGCGAAGAUGGCCAAGAUCCACAAAGCAAACAUUAGGUUCUCACGCCUGCCCGAUGUUCCCGAACUAGUCAAAUCGAACUCCCAGGUCACCGAGCCGCUAUCGUUUGCCGUGGAGUUGCCAGGCGACGUGCCCACAUCCUGGCCACCGCACAAUACACCACCAAGUCGCCAGUCAUACGAGUCUGGAACGGAACACCUACACAUACCUUCGCCAAUGAGCCCUUCCCCCAGAAGCUCUGGCGAGCGACUCCAACCAUCGCCGGCUCCAAGAGCUGAGCAACGCCCCCCGCCUCUUCCAAAGGAUGAUGAAGCCGACCGGCUGGUUGUUACUGCGCCCACACCUUCUCAGUACCGGUAUGCGGCCGGCGCCGACAAGAUUGCCAUCACGAGCCCCGACGAGCACCCGCGAUGGCAGAACCAACAAUACAACAAUGGUUUUGUGCAGCAGCCGCAGCGGAUUCCACCGCCGCUGCCUCCCAAGACACCAUUACCGGAACAUCAAGUGGCAGGCGGCCGUCGCCCUAUCAGCUCAUCGCCCCUUCCUUACCCCGUUGACGACGAGCCUCCACCAGUGAACAUGGCUAGAAAGCCAGACUACCGCGGAAGGUGAUACAAUUUGGGCAAAUUGAGAUACCCCGUUUCCUUGCAAGCAGCUGGACCACCACAAGACCACUUGCCUCCACGAUGAGCGAGGUAUCAAGAUCCAAUUGGAAUCAUGAUUGGACAGCGACACGACCACAGGAGUUUCUAUCGGAAGGCGAUUUCGGAUUUGGUGAUUCCACAAAGAUACCAUUCUUAGCACAUGUGCCUCACUUAGUGUAGAAGACGUGCUGUGGCGACUCAGAAGCUUGCCGCCUUAAUGAAAUGACGACAUUUUUUUCUUCGUCUUGGUAUGACACGAUUACUUAUAUCUCCUGGUAAUUCCCGUGAGCUGUGACUUCAUCGUUCGGGGCACUCCCGUUUUGCGGCCGGUGGCAAGGACCCGAUAAUUCGGUCGGCUAGUGGGGCACUACGUCACGGCGACCCGUCCCUGCUGAUCGCGACUCGGGGCUUGAGCUUA